AUGGUGACCAACCACGGCCCUCACCCAUUCGACCCUAUCACACCCGAGGAGAUCAAGCUUGCUGUAUGCAUCCUUGAAACUACAUUCCCCGGCGUUGAGCUACGCUACAAGCGCAUCGACGUCAAUGAACCUAUCAAGAAAGAUGUUAUCGCAUAUAUUGAAGCCGAACGUCUACGGCGGCCCUUGCCUACACCUCCAGCACGUCUUCUCUACGUGCUCUUCCACCGUCUUGACACUGGUGCGUUCUACAAAGCCAUUCUGAAUGCCGAUAAGCGUACAAUUGUCUAUGCCAAGGAGCUUCCAAAGGAAGUUCAGGGACCAAUUGAUGUCGACGAAAUUGCAGCCAUUGAAGAAAUGUGCAUGAAGCAUCCUGCUGUUCUGGCCGAGAUCGAGAAGCUGGAGCUACCCACAGGUGUCACCGUCUGCAACGACCCUUGGAUGUAUGGCACAGACAGCGAUACCGAGAAUAGACGCCUAUUCCAGUGCUUCAUGUACUUGGUUGAAACAGACCACCCCCAGAACAACCAUUACUCUCUGCCUUGCAAGUUCUCGCCCGUGUUUGACGGCCUUACUCAUGAAUUGAUCCGCAUGGACUACCUCCCCGGAGGAGCUGAUUUCGAGACCACCACCACCCAACCUUGGAAGCCUGUUAAGACGGUCCAAUACGCCCACGAUCUCUUGGAUUCGCCUGUCCGCACCGACCUCAAGCCUUAUAUUGUGCAACAGCCUGAAGGCCCUUCAUACUCUGUGGAUGGCAACUCCGUCUACUGGCAGAAGUGGCGCUUCAGAGUUGGUUUCAACGCCCGUGAAGGUUUGGUUAUCUACAACGUUACAUAUGACAACCGGAACCUUUUCUACCGCUUGGCGGUCUCGGAGAUGACGGUUCCCUAUGGCGAUCCCCGUGCCCCAUAUCACCGCAAGCAGGCCUUCGAUGUCGGCGACACUGGUUUCGGUAUGAAUGCCAAUCAGUUGGCUCUAGGAUGUGAUUGCCUAGGCCACAUCAAAUACUUUGAUGGUUACCGUAAUGACGCGAAGGGCAACCCGUUGCAGUUGAAGAACGUCAUUUGUAUGCACGAACAGGACAAUGGUCUGCAACAUAAGCACACCAAUUAUCGUUCCGGUGCUGCUACUGUUGUUCGCAACCGCCAAUUGGUCCUGCAGAUGAUUUGCACAGUGGCCAAUUACGAAUACAUCUUCAAUUAUAUCUUCGACCAGGCUGCUAAUGUCGAAUUGGAAGUCCGCGCCACCGGCAUUCUGUCCACCGUGCCCUUCGAUAAUGAGAACGGGCAAACUGUUCCUUGGGGAACUAAUGUCGGCCCCGGAGUUAUGGCUCCCUUCCACCAGCAUAUGUUCUCACUGCGAGUCGACCCUGCUAUUGAUGGAUUCAAGAACACUAUCUACUACGAGGACAGCGUUCCCAUGCCAGAGGAUGAGCAGAACCCCUACUUGGUGGGCUAUACCUCCCAGCAGACAGUGAUGAAAACCGCAGGCACAGCAAACACAAGCGUGGAUCGUCACCGUGUCUUCAAGAUCCGCAACGAUAACAUCACAAACCCCAUCACCUACAAGCCAGUAGCAUACAAGCUCAUGGCAGCCCCCAGCCAAAUGCUCCUGGUCAGCAAGAAUGCCCACGGCUUCCGUCGAGCGGAGUUCGCUACCAAGCCGAUCUGGGUCACAAAGUACCAGGACGAUGAACUGUACGCCGCAGGCGAGUUCACAAACCAGAGCCGUCGCGCCGAGGGCGUUGAGACCUGGGUCCAGCGCAAGGAUAACGUAGAAAACGAGGACAUCGUCUUAUGGCACACCUUCGGUUUAACCCAUAACCCCCGUAUUGAAGAUUUCCCCGUCAUGCCAAUGGAGCGUAUCAGCGUCAUGCUCAAGCCAGAUGGAUUCUUCACUAAGAACCCGGCUCUUGAUGUCCCACAAUCUUCUCAGCUUUUCAAUAAGUCUUCCCUUCACCCUGAGGGAGAACGUGCCGCUUGCUGUGCUGGCCCUUCUACGUCUAGCAAGGCUAAGUUGUACAAGAGGAUUGAUUAG